GACUAAUGUUGUUUAGUGUUUACUGUUUACGUUUCAUGUUCCGUUCCGAAGACUUCCGAUUCAUUCCAGUGACUGCGGCAUUUGAUGGAGCGGAACUGCUGCAUUUGACUUUCAUAUUUUGUUAUUAAAAAGAGCGUUCGAAGUUAAUAACUAUUUAUUCGUCACUAGUUGUAACAUACGUAUUCAUUUGUUUUAAUAUUCUGAAGACAAAACACUCUAAGGUGCUAUUCCCGUACGUGUUAUUACACUUGUUAAUCUUCGCGUCCACUUUACUAAUCGGUUCAACUUGCAAACAUGAGAGAACCAGAACAUCUCCGUAAAUUGUUUGUUGGUGGUUUAGACUACAAAACUACUGAUGAAAAUCUCAAAAAAUAUUUUGAACAAUGGGGUGAAAUUAUGGAUGUUGUUGUAAUGAAAGAUCCACAAACUAAAAGAUCAAGAGGUUUUGGUUUUAUUACUUAUGCUGCUGCUCAUAUGGUUGAUGAUGCACAAGGUGCACGUCCCCAUAAAAUUGAUGGCCGUACUGUAGAACCCAAAAGAGCUGUUCCUAAAACUGACAUUGGAAAACCUGAAGCAGGGGCUACAGUUAAAAAAUUAUUUGUUGGCUUAUUGAAUGACAGCAUUACUGAAGAAGACUUAAAAGAAUAUUUUUCUCCCUAUGGUAAUGUUACAUCAGCUGCUUUAGUUGUACACAAAGAAACCGGGAAAAAACGUGGUUUCGGUUUUGUUGAAUUUGAUGAUUAUGAUCCAGUUGAUAAAAUAUGUUUAAAAGGAUCUCAUAUAAUUAAAGGAAAAAAAAUUGAUGUUAAAAAAGCUUUGAGUAAGGAAGAAAUGGCUAGAGUAAAUGCUAGAAAUAACAGUAACUCUACAGAUAAUUGGGGAAGUGAUAAUCGAAGUGCAUGGGAACCAACAAUGAGAAAUUUUGGAAUGGUUGGAAGAGGUGGAGGAUGGAGAAGUGGUAAUGAUCCUGAUCCAUGGGAAUCUGGUCCUAGUUCUCGAGGAAAUAAUUGGGGAGGCCCAUCAACUAGUGCUUGGGAUAAUAAUUUUGGUGAUAAUUAUCAACAAAGUUUUGGUGCUGGUCCUAUUAGAGGAAAUAGUGGUCCUUUGAGAGGAGGUGGAGCUGCUAGACCAGGACCUUAUAACAGUGGUUUUGAUAGUGGAUACAAUGACUUUAGGAGCGGAUUUAGUGGCAGCAAUUUUGCCAGUGGUGAAGGAAGUAACUUUGGUGGUGGAAGAGGAAGGGGUGGUGUUCGUGGAAGAGCUGGUGGUCCUGUAAGAGGUAUAUCUGGACGAGGUCCUGGAAAUUCAAGUCGUGGUAGCAGAGCACCAUUUGGUAGAGGUGGAAGAGGGAGAUACUAAUUAUUUAAGGUUAAAAAAAGUAUGAGCUGACCCAAAAUGUUACCUAAGGGGUUUGGGUCAGGAGAAUUCCAACCCGCAGAAAUUUAAACUUAUGCAGGUCAUCAGGAAUCUUUUUAAACUUCUUAUUCCUCAGUUUAUAUUGACAAAAAAUGAAGGAAUUUUUAGGCUUAAAGAUUUGUGUGUAAUUUUUUUUCUAUCUAAUUUGUGUCUUGAUUACAACAUUAUAAUGCGAGUGAUAAUUAUUCUUAUAAAAUAGUAAAAAAUAAAAAUCAGUAUUAUUCAGAACUGUAAGCAAAGUUUCCAAAUUAAAGAGCAUGUACUAAGUUAGGUUUGAAUAAACAGAUAGGUUUAGAUAAUUUCCACAGAUUGCAUUAGAAUAGAGAUAGUAUUAAUAAUUAUUUAUGUAUAUAUAUAUAUGUGAGUAUAUAUGAUUACUUAAU